AUGCUUGCUGUGUUUGAGAAGACGGUGGCGAAUAGCCCUGAGGCAUUACAGAGCCCGCACUCAUCUGUGCCUACUUACGCUUUGAAAGAAGGUUAUCUGGCGAGCCAUUUCGGUUCGAAAAACCCAAACUCCGUCACGCUUAAUCUCGGAUCAUCGGGAUUGUUAGCUUACUCUCUUGAUAACAACGAUCCACUUGUUCCCAGAUUAUUUGCGGUGGUGGAUGAUAUCUUCUGUCUAUUCCAAGGACACAUUGAGAAUCUUCCAUUUCUGAAGCAGCAAUAUGGAUUAAACAAGAUUACAAACGAGGCUAUCAUUGUGAUUGAGGCUUACAGGACACUGCGUGAUCGAGGUCCUUAUCCCGUGGACAAGGUCGUGCGAGAUUUCCAAGGGAAGUAUGCGUUUAUCCUCUUCGAUGGCGUCAAUAAAACCGUCUUCGCUGCUGCUGACGUUGAUGGAAGUGUGCCGUUCUUCUGGGGAACCGAUGCUGAAGGACACCUUGUUCUUUCUAAUGACACCGAUGUUGUGAAGAAAGGUUGCGCCAAGUCUUAUGGUCCUUUCCCUAAAGGUUGCUUCUUUACAUCAUCGGGAGGAUUGAGGAGCUUCGAGCACCCAAAGAACGAGCUGAAGCCAGUGCCGAGGGUGGAUAGCUCAGGAGAAGUGUGUGGUGCGACCUUCAAGGUCGAUGCUGAAGCCAAGAGAGAAGGUACCAAAAUGCCGAGAGUCGAGAGUUCCCAAAAUUGGGCCGGUCAUAUCUAA